AGAGCGAGAAGAAAGAGAGAGAGAGAGAGAAAGAGACCGAGCGAGGCGGCGAUGUCGGGUCAGCCCCAGGGCGGCUCACCGCCCCAACACUCCCUCGCCUUCCGCGUGAUGCGGCUGUGCCGCCCCUCCUUCCAGGCCGAGGACGCCGUCUUCCGCCUCCUCGACCCGCUCGACCUCCUCGCCCCCGAGGACCUCCUCGACGACCCCACCCUUCCCCUUGAUCUCCUGUUCGACGAUGCUGCAGGCCCCGAUGCCCGCGUCGCCAACAGUGACUUCACCUUCCGCGACCGGUUCCAGAUCCGUAGCCCCGUCGAUGCCAUGUCCCUCUCCGGGCUCCUCGUCCUUCCUCAAUCUUUUGGAAAUAUCUAUUUGGGGGAGACGUUCUCCAGCUACAUCAGCGUCAACAAUAGCUCGAAAUUUGAAGCAAGGGACGUGAUCAUCAAGGCAGAAAUUCAAACAGAAAGGCAAAGGAUCCUGCUUUUAGAUACAUCAAAAUCACCUGUUGAAUCAAUACGUUCUGGGGGCAGAUAUGAUUUCAUUGUCGAACAUGAUGUUAAAGAACUCGGGCCUCACACGCUUGUUUGCACUGCUUUGUACAAUGACGGUGACAGCGAGCGGAAAUAUCUUCCACAGUUUUUUAAGUUCGUUGUUAGCAACCCACUUUCUGUUAAAACAAAGGUUCGAACAGUCAAGGACAAUACUCUUUUGGAGGCAUGCAUAGAGAACCACACAAAGUCAAACCUUUACAUGGAUCAAGUCGAAUUUGAACCUGCACAACAAUGGAUUGCAACAAGAUUGGAAGUUGAUGAACACACUUCAGAAACCAACUCUAAGACAAGAGGAUUAUUUAAACCACCCAUUCUUGUUACAGCUGGAGGUGGAAUAUACAAUUAUCUGUAUUUGUUAAAGUCAACAGUUGAAUCUGGACGAGUAAGGGUUGAUAGCAGCAGUAUUCUUGGUAAAUUUCAGAUAACAUGGCGUACAAACUUGGGUGAACCUGGACGACUUCAGACUCAGCAAAUUUAUGGCACUCCAAUUGUUCACAAGGACAUUGACUUGCAUAUUCUCGAUGUUCCACCCAUCAUCGUGCUGGAGAGACCAUUUCUGGUACAUCUGUCUCUCAAAAAUCAGACAGAGAGAACUCUAGGUCCCUUUGAAAUCUUUACAUCUCCAGGCAUUUCUAGUGAAGAGAAGGUUGCCAUGGUUAAUGGAAUCCAGAAGUUGGUGCUUCCACCAGUAGAAGCUUUUGAUUCCAACAUUAUUGAACUGAACAUGAUCGCUCCAAGGUUAGGAGUUCAGAAAAUAUCUGGGGUAACAGUGUUUGAUGUUCGUGAGAAGAAAGUGUAUGAUCCAUUGCCGGAUGUAGAGAUCUUUGUCGAUAGGGCUUGAUCAGUUGAGAGGCAUGCAUGAUUCGUUGCUGGAUGUAGAGGGUAUCAUUAUAGUGUCAAGGCAACAGAAUUUACUUGCGCAAGACACCAUGCAGAAUCACAGUAUCUCUUCAUCCAUCCACUACACUGCAUGAACUCCAAAUUAUCCAGGGGGCCUUCCUUUCAUGAGCUUGUUUACUUCAAGCUCAACUGUGCCUGUUUGAUAACAAAAUCAAGUUGGUGAGUAUCAGAGGUGUCAACUGUGCCUGUUUGAUAACAAAAUCUCAUGGUAUUUAUUAUAUGUAGCAACACGGCAUAGACAAUUGACCAAAUAUGUGAAGACUUCUUAGAGGCAUGAUAUGAAAUAGAGAUCUUGAAUCACAUGAACAAAUAGCAAAUUGGGAACAGGAAGACACCACAUGAAUGAAUAUAAUAAGACUGUUGGUCAGUUCAGAUG